AUGGAGAUGUUAUCAUUCUAUUACUUCCUAUUAUUUCUAGCUUUCUUCCUCCUCUCCAGACAUCUCUUAUUUUCAAAGAAAAAAAACCUUCCACCUAGUGGCCAUCUCUGCUUGCCCAUAAUAGGCCAUCUAUAUCUACUCAAGAAGCCACUCCACCGCACCUUAGCCCGCGUCUCAGCCCAAUACGGCCCCAUCUUACUCCUUAAAUUUGGUUCACGCCGUAUCCUCCAUGUCUCUUCCCCUGCUGCAGCUGAGGAAUGCUUCACAACCAAUGACAUCGUCUUCGCCAACCGCCCUCACUUUCUCCUUGGGAAAUACAUGGCUUUCAAUCACACCACCCUCACUGUUGCUCCCUAUGGCCAACAUUGGCGCAACCUCAGGCGCCUCACCACUCUUGAGAUCUUCUCCACUUCUCGUCUCGAAAUGUUCUCCACCAUACGCACCAACGAGGUACGCUCUUUGUUGCGGCGGAUUCUCAUCGUUGCCGGAAACUCUUCUAAGAUGGUAGAAAUGAAGUCCUUGCUCUUUGAGCUAACCCUCAAUAAUAUGAUGAUGAUGAUUGCCGGAAAGCGGUACUAUGGCGAUGACUUGGGGGACUUGGAUAAGGCAAGACAGUUCCAUGAGCUCAUAGAGGAAUUUAUUAAAGCAGCUGGGGCGUCAAACGUCGUAGAUUUCUUGCCAUUUUUGAGGUGGGUUGGCUUCAACGGUUUGGAAAAGAAGUUGGUGAGGUUGCAGGGAAAGAGAGACCAAUUUAUGCAGAAAUUGAUUGAAGAGCAUCGGAUGGCAAGAACUCAAUCCAAGGAUGAGAAGGUGUUGCUCGACGUUAUGUUGUCUCUGCAAGAAACUGACCCAAAUUACUAUACCGAUGAAAUCAUCAUAGGCCUUAUACAGGUGUUGAUAACAGCUGGGAAUGAUUCCGCUGCAGGGACCAUGGAAUGGGUGAUGUCACUAUUGUUGAACCAUCCAGAAGUUCUCAAGAAGGCACAAGCUGAGAUCGAUGCCAUUGUAGGACAAGGUAGACUCCUCAAUGAAUCAGAUUUGGCCAAUCUCCCAUAUCUUCAUUGCAUCAUAAAUGAGACACUUCGGAUGUACCCUGCCGGCCCACUGCUAGCGCCCCAUGAAUCAUCAGAGGAGUGCAUUGUAGGAGGUUUUACCAUUCCACGUGGCACGAUGCUAUUGGUGAACAUGUGGGCCAUCCAAAAUGAUCCCAAGUUAUGGGAAGAACCCACGAAGUUCAUGCCAGAGAGGAUGGAGGGCAUUGGAGUAACCUCAGUUAGGGAUGGGUACAAGUUAAUGCCAUUUGGGUCAGGUAGGAGGAGUUGCCCUGGGGAGGGUCUGGCCUUGCGCGUGGUUGGCUUGACAUUGGGGUCAUUGAUUCAAUGUUUUGAGUGGGAAAGGGUUGAUGAAGAGCUGAUCGACAUGACUGAAGGCCCCGGACUCACCUUAUCUAAAGCCAAGCCUUUGGAGGCUAAAUGCAAGCCACGUCCAGCCAUGUUGAGCUUCCUUUCUCAACUUUGAUUCACUUUUAUUUUAUUGUCCCUUGUCCCUCAGUGUCAUUCACCCUAGGUUUAGUAUCAUAAAUCGAUAAAUUGUCAUAGUUAUUCAAGCAUUGUAAACAAGUACAUCAUAAAGUGUCUUUGUUUUUUUACAUGUAAAUAAAUAAACUCCCUCCUAUUAAUUGAUAGGGAGAGGGGAAGGCA